AUGGUGCUGGACCACGUCAAGCUGAUUUGCUUGGUGCGGGAAAAACGAUGUUUGUGGUCUCGCAACGAACCGAACUAUAAAGACAACAAGCACAAACAACUUCUUUGGGAAGACAUUGGCCGCAAGCUUAAUGUGCCGGGACACAUUGCGAAAAAUAAAUGGCGCAACCUGCGUGACACAUUCGCGAAAAAAUGCACUGCAAUGAACCGGACGUACGGAUCCGGUUAUACACCUGUAAGGUGGAAGUAUUACAAGCAAAUGUUGUUUUUGAGAGAUAUGAUGGAAACCCGCCCUCAACGUGUAUCUUUCCCAUCGGCUACAGGAAUUAUGAAGUCGGAGAGUGUGGAUCCCCUGGCAGGGAUGCAAAGCAGUGAUACUGAAGAACCAACGCCUACCGAACUCAAUAUACCUACGGUCUCACGGAAGCGACCCAAGGCAGUUGGGAAUUCCCAAUCAUCUGUUGAUCCCUUGGGAUCGAUCAUGGAGCUGGAGCUGACGAACAACAACGAGAUGUGGCGUGAGCACGAACUGCGGAACAGGGAAACAAGAAAAUCCAGCAACUACUACUUCCUCAACAGUUUGGUGGACCAAAUGGAAACGCUUCCGCUUGAAGUACAGCUCGAUAUCAAAGAACAGUACCUCAGUAUAAUGCACGCGGCAUUACGAGCGAAUAGCCAAUCGGUGCAUUCCGAAAAUCAUCAAUAAAGUAAAAAA